UCAUGACAGUUUAAUUAAUUUAUUUUAUUUUACAGGUAGGAUUUCGCAGCGUUGAAGAGAAAAAGUCAUUAGAAAUUUUAUUAAAAGAACAACCAUUUGAUAAAGCAAAGUUGAAACAAUUUUGUCUCCGAUUCACAGUACCUGUAAUCCACAGAAAUUUUUUAUGGAAAAUAUUGUUAGAUAUUACACCAAUUUAUACAGAAAGUCAUGAUUUUGUGGCUAUGCAAAGAAAAAAAGAAUUUCAUGACUUGGAAAAGGCAUUGAGAGUUACUAAAAUAGUUGAUGAAAAUUCUAAAUCUCAUCAAACAUUACUUAUCAUGUGGUUGUUGAGAAAGAGGCGAGCUAAGUUGGAUAUAAACUCUCAGUUAGAGUCCUCAUUGUUUAGAGCAAUGAGUAGAAUGGCUGAAAGUCUCUGGCAUAUCAUGGAUGGCGACCAAGAGUAUGAAAAAAAAAUAGAUAUUUAUUGGCUGCUAAGUGGAUUUUUGGAUCAUGUUGAUAAAUUUUAUAAUGACGUUGGAAGAUUAAUAGAGUGUACUUUGGCGCUUCUAGAAAAAGAAGAUUCAGAUCUUUAUGAACAUUUGUUACAGUUUGAAGUAUUUAAUAAUAUUCCUUUUGAUCGAUGAAUUUGGGAUAAAAUAGCAGUUGGAGCUUAUAAAAUUCUUGCAUUUGUUGCUGCUGUUAUUUUUAUAACUCUUCGACGAUUCCUGUUGAAUUGUGAUAGCUUAGACUGUGUAUUGGACACUAUUUCACACAUAAACGAGGAGACGUCUGAAAUGAUAGUCAACAAAGCGAUAGAGCUUUGGCAACAAAGCGGUUCUGCUCUUGUGACAAUGUCACCAAAUACAAACACUAUAAAUUUAACAUAA